CAUUAAUACACUUCAAAAUUAAUUAUUUCAUCAGUAACUUUGUAAACAAGAAAGAAAUUUCCACUCAAAUAUAAUAUUUUACAAGUGCUGCGGCGUAUAAUGGGUUGCCUAUCUAAAACAUUCAUCUGUAUUGUUCUUUAACCUAAUAAUUGACAGAUAUUACACGUGCGCAUCAGUAAUUUAAACAAAUCAAGAUGGAUGUUGACGCAAAUAUAAAUAUCAACACAGACUGCUUUCAACCUAAAAAGGGCAGCAAAAAACGCGCAAAUUCACUGGGCGAUGAUCCCUCAUCAUCAAUGGACACAGAAAUCCACAACGGUAUUGAAGGCCGCUCCAAAUCACGUCCGAUUCGCCCCAAACGCGCCCGCACAAACACGGCGUCUGAAACCAAGGAAGAUAUGCGCAAAAUCCCAGUCCCUGCCCACAGAUACACUCCAUUAAAAGAACAUUGGAUGAAGAUAUUCACACCAAUUGUAGAACACCUUCAAUUACAAGUCAGAUUCAACUUACAAACGCGCAACGUCGAAAUUAAAAUCAGCAAAGAAACGCCCGACAUUGGUAAUUUACAAAAAGCAGCUGAUUUUGUCAAGGCUUUCAUUUAUGGAUUUGAAGUUGAUGAUGCUUUAGCACUGUUAAGGUUGGAUGAUUUAUUUGUGGAGACCUUUGAGAUUAAGGAUGUGAAGACACUCAAGGGUGAGCAUCAGUCUAGAGCUGUUGGUAGGUUGGCUGAAGGGGGCAGGACUAAAUUUACAAUUGAGAAUGUAACAAAAACGAGAAUUGUUUUGGCUGAUACAAAGAUUCACAUAUUGGGCAGUUAUCAGAAUAUUCAGUUAGCUAGGAGGGCUGUUUGUAAUUUGAUUAUGGGAUCACCACCGUCCAAGGUUUAUGGACAAUUGAGAUCUGUGGCGUCCAGGGUUUCACAGAGAGUUUAAAUUAAUUUAAAAUUUGAUAAAUAAUUGAGAAAUUAACAUAAUAUGCAGAAAUUAUGUUUUGAUAUAAUUUUAUGCAGGUUUUCUUUAAAAUUUAUGCUCAAAAAUAAAAUUUUCAUGAAAAUUAUGUUUGAAAAUCACGAAUAAUCACCAGUUUACUUGACAACUGUAAACAAAUCGUGUUUCAAAAAAGUUCAAUGAAAAAAAAACAAAGAAAAACAAAAA